AACAUCUUUUUAUUGGGGGAGGUUUCUAGAGCGAGCGCCGUUUCGAGAUCCAACUGCUGCAGAUCUUCUUUCAGCUUCUUCUAACCCGAACUCUCGAGGCCUUGAUCUGUAUUUCCUCCAUUAAAGCUCUGGAUCUAUCGAUCUCUCUCAUCAGAAGAGGAUCUCGAUUUUGAGUAGUUGGACUUCACAGGUUGGUGCAGUGAUUCCGCGGAAAUCCAGGGGUAAUCUCGGAAACGGAUGGGUUCUUUCAAAGGGCAUCUUCUUCCGGGUACUCUGUUUCUGGCCAUUGGAGUGUGGCACAUAUGGAGCACGAUCGUGAGGUACGUGUCGGAUCCGAAGGGGUUUCGGGUCCGGGUCUGGAAUCCCGUCCCGUGGUUCGGAGGACGGGUAAAGCACCUGGAGCUGUACGUGAUCGCUGGUGGGGCCCUCAUCGACUUCUGCAUCGAGCUUUUCUACUCGACCCACCUCAAGUUCUUGGUGAACGGGGUCUUAAACCCUUCUCACAUGAACGAUUUCGAGCACGCCGGCAUGCUCCUCAUGUUCCUCAUCUUCGGUGUCGUCGCUCUCCUCAACGAGAAAACGAGGUAUAUCUCCCUACCAGAAGGGGCUCUUUGCCUGAUUAUCGCCACAGCGUUCUGCUCUGAAUACCUGUUGUUCUACUUCCAUUCCACCUCCCACAAAGGCCUGGAGGGCUACUACCACCUCCUCCUUGUCCUUGUCAUAGGCCUCUGCAUAGUUUCCACAGUUGCUGGAGCCCUCAUCCCGACUAGUUUCCCUGUUGACCUGUCCAGUGGCAUCUCCAUCACUCUCCAGGGCCUCUGGUUCUACCAGACAGCCUUCACCCUCUACGGUCCGAUGAUGCCAGCAGGCUGCCUGCUGAAAGACAAUGAGAUCAAGUGUCGGUUGCCUGACAAUGAGGUCCGAGGGGAGCUGCUUGCCAAUUUCCAGCUGUUCACUGCUGUAGUGGUCAUCCUCAUUGGUGCCGUGGGAUCUUAUGGAAUUGCAGCUUCUAGGUAUGGGCAUUCAGAGCUUAAGAGCAUGCAUGCGGCUGAAAAUGGAUUGCAAGGGAACUAAAUGGUCUGCAGUGGUAUUUACAUGUAAAGAGGCUGGGUUGAAUCAUGUUAACAUUCAAGUUCGUGACAGGACCAGAUCGGCAAUGCUGGCGCAUUUUGUUCAGAGACGAGCAAUGUAGCAACAUAAUAACUGCCUAUAUCAAAUGAGAACCGAUAGAUUAGGCCCAUUUUU